ACGCUUCUCUGCUGAUCCGACGCACAGUAUGCCUAUAAGGCCCAUUCGAGGUAUACUUACGAGAGCGCACGAGCGAUCCGAGAGCCGCGCGACCGAGCGAGCGGAGACCCCGAUCAAAGCGGGCGAAGUGGGACCGCGGAAAAUAAACGUACCGAAGUGGGGGCCGAUUCAAGAAUCGACGUGGACACCCUCGCCUACCAAAGUCAUUCACCUAACGGUCAUCGGCGCGUCAAGAGUCUUCAUCUUCUUCCGUUAUCCGGUCGCGAGAGUUCGCGCUCGCCGUCGUCGACUUGCGACCUUUUGCGCGGAAGAAGUCGCGAGAAGGUGCAAGCAAGAAACCACGGACUACGGUCAGAUCGAGAUUUCACGCGUUCGGUGCUUCGACCGGCAGUGAAGUGAUUACUCAAGGAACUUUCAGCCCUCGGAUGCGUUAUCAAACAGAAAGCACUCGUGACGGACGGUUAACAGAUUAUUUUGUAGAAGAGUGUGCAACGAUUUAUUGUGUUUCCGGGUUUACCUGCUCUGGACUGCAGCGAGUCUGGGACAAUGGACCAGAAUCACAGUGCUUUAUGCCUUACCAAGUGCUGUUAUUAAAAUAAGUGACAAAGAGUGUGUCAAAAGUUUUGCCAUCGAAGACUAAUGGUGAAUUCAAUGGAAUUUUCUGUCUGCAACUAUCGCCGAACAUCCGCACGACGUUAAUUAAUUAUCACGACCAAAAUGAACCAGCAAUGCAAGGUGUGCGGCGAGCCGGCGGCCGGUUUCCACUUCGGCGCAUUCACCUGCGAGGGUUGCAAGUCUUUCUUCGGGCGUUCGUACAACAACUUGAACAGCAUUAGCGAAUGCAAGAACGGCGGCGAGUGCGUGAUAAACAAAAAGAAUCGUACCGCAUGCAAAGCCUGCCGCCUGAGAAAAUGUCUAUUCGUCGGCAUGUCGAAGUCCGGCUCGCGAUACGGUCGCAGAUCGAACUGGUUCAAAAUCCACUGCCUCUUGCAAGAGCAGCAGCAGCAACAGCAACAGUUAGAGGUACGAUUGCAGCAGCAGCAGCAGCCGCCGCAACAUCACUACCAGCCUGGUAUUCUCGGUCGACAGCAAUUGUCGCAGCAGCAACGUAAGCCGACAAGUUCCCCUGUCCACAAUCUCCAGCGAAAAGACGAAACCAUGAUGCUCAGCCUCGAUGACUACAAGAACUCCAGCUCGCCCAGCAUCAGCUCGCCCGAAUCUCACAACAGCGACAGCUCCGUCGAGGUUUCCGAGAGGAGAGCGGCCUUCGCCGGACAUGCCAAUUUCCGGCCGCCGCAUAUGCAUCUACAGGUGCCCGAUUUGCCCUCUCUGGGCAAGGAAAUGAUGGGCCUACCGCUGGGCUUUCCCCUCGGCAACAUGUCGCUGCUGCCGUCGCCUUUUCUGCCGCCACCUAGUCUCGCUAUGUUCCCGCCUUAUCUUUACUCGUCUCACGGAGUGUCUCAUCCCCUCGUAGCGAGUCACACGUCCAGCAUGCUGCGACGCUCGCCGACGACGCUCGACGAUAACGGCGGUGCCGUGGCCGCCGCGACGUCGACCAUAACGACGACGACGGCCACGACGACCGCGUCGAAAACCUCGAUGUCGUCGUCCGCUGAUGAAAGUGACUUGUGCGAGAGAAACAACAAUCACGAUCAAUUCUACCUGGACGCGAUGCUGCUGAACAGCUCGCGAACGCCGCCGGCGAGAUCGCCGACGCCGAGGGAGGUGCGAACUUCCAAAGACAGAUUAAUCGAGAGCAGUCCGGAGUGCUGCCAGCCGUUGGAUGAACCGAUGGAUCUAUCCAUGAAAACAGCCACGGCGUCCCUGAGCGAUCAUUCGCAAGACGAAAUGGAGACGGAGAGCGAUACGGAGACCUCGUCUUCGAAGAAACCGAUAGAUUUGACGACGCGAUCGUAAGAUCUGGAUGAGACUAGAUUUCGGAAAGAAACGAUUGGAAACGUCGUCGGACCAAGGAUAUUUCGUGUUACUUCGAUAUUUGUUCUAGGACUUCCGUAGACACGAGUGGUUCUCAACACGGUUAUUCUAUGCAUUGUGUAACGCGUAAAACGGUCUUUUUCCCGUAAAACUACACAUUGUGUGCACAUCGUACAUAGAAUUCAAUUACUAGUGACAAUCGUUGAAAAAAAAAUAAACUUAAGUCGCUUAAGCAUUCCAUGUAUCAUAUUAAACAAGCGAAACGUUUGUGAUAUUUCAAUGAUACGGUAAAUAAAUGACAAUAUAUAAAAAAUGAUGUAUAAAUGACUAGAUAUGAAUGGUGUAUAAAAAUGAUAAAUACGAAUAAACACUUGGGCGACUAUUUCUAAUGGAAAAUUGCCGCUCAAAUGUUUAAAUAUAAAGUAUAUUAUUUUUAUACGUACCGAGACGAUUAAAAUACAAAAAGUGUUUCAUAUAACAUUUUCAUCGUUGUAUAUUAACGAUAAAAAUGAUUGAUUCUUCAUGUACUCGAUAACAAUAGAAAGAAAGAUCUAAAUCUAUUAAUUUUCUAUGUAAUAGAUAAAGUAGUCUAUUAUAUCGGAUGUUGUGCAAUAAAUUUAGAAUUAUUCUUGUACUUGAAAGAAUAUGAUGCAGGAUACAUAUACGUGUAUAUAUGCAAUGUGAUCAUCAUAUAUACAUAUAUAUAUGAUGAUCUGGUCGUUAUAUUAGUGUAUAUGCAUGUUAAUGUAUGGAAUAGAUAUUAAAUUUUGUAUAUAUAUAUAUGUUACAUUCUGAAAAGAUAUAAAUGUAAAUGUAAGAUAACAACACGAGUACCGAGCGCAGCGUCAGUGAUUAAUAUUAGACGCAAAGGCCAUAAUAUUGUCACGGUUACGCGGUGUUCGCUAUAAAGAUCGACUUAUAGCAAACGCAUUUUGUGAAAUAUCGUAAAUGUUUGUUUUAAGGCACGUUUUACUGUCGAUCGCGUAUGUGCGGCAAUACUUUCAAAUGUGCAGUGUUUCGACGCCUUGUUGCAAACGAAAAAUUCAGAUAAUUGGUAAAUGUAGAUAAAUCUAACAAUUUAGCAAGAAAAGCGCACGCGCGAUACGCUAUGUUUGCAGAUUAAAUUAGUGUUAAAUAUUAAAAGCAUAAAAAAAUAUAAUAUAUUUAUACAUUGUAUCAUAAAUCUGUAUAUAUAUAUAUAUAUAUACAUAUGUUAUUAUUUUCGUGAUAGAAAUUCUUUAAUUUCCUAGACAAAGAAAAAUCCCGUGAAUAGACUGCGCACUCUUCCUAUUCUAAAGAAUUGAAAAGAAGAGCACACAAAAAUUUAAAACAAUUUGCAUAUCUAGCAUGAAAAGAAAUUUAUCUUUUUGAUUGUGCUUAUGAUACAAACGCUCGCGAGGUAACCUGAUGCCUGCUAAUGCCGCUAAUUUUACAAUAUUUUUAAUUAUCUAUCGCGCAUGUAUGAUUAAAAACUCCCGUAAUUUCUUUUCUCGCGUGGACGAUCAGGAAGAUUCAAUCGUACAAUCGUUUGCACCCUUACUCACGAACGAGCCGGAAUGCGACUACACGCGCUCUGUUCGCACACGCGCGAGCGAGUCUCGGAGGAAAAAAAAAUUACAACGAUCCGACAUCUCAAUUCCGAGGCAAGCGAGCCGCCAAUCGAUACUCACUUGCGUAACAACCAAUCGACUUUAACGAGAUUCCACCGUUUUAAUUAACGAGCGCGCGCUCGCUCACUUGCUAACUUGUUCGCGGUAAUCACGCGAGAUGAAGACGAACGACGCAGGACGCGAGCGUCACCUGAUAAACACGUCGCGGCGCACACGUGUUUGCGCGUACGCUUACGCACCGGCAUACACGUGUACGAUGUCAGUAGCCCGUUUUAUCUUACAAGAGCCUGCCGACGGGCUGCCGAUGUUGUUUCCGCCGGCACGGUGUUCUUAUGGUCCUUUCGCGAUACGCGUACUACGAAGAAGAAGCGUUCACGGGAGGAAACCGUGAUUUUCGCGACGAUAUUUUCUUUUUUUUAUUAUAAAGAUAAGAUUUUAUUUAAAAGAGUUAAGAAAUUUAUUCAGUUUUUUUUUACUGGUGAGAGAUAAUCAAAUAUUUGAAAGAUGAAACUUGAAACUUCGUUCAUAUUAACCUUUAAAACAUUAUAUCGCGCAUAAUACUUUGAUUUUUGUUAUCUUCAGAUUCCAUUUUAAAUAUUAACAGCACGUACUACUCUUUGGUCUAUAAUUAUAAUACGAUCUCUACUGAUGAUUAUCUCGAUCGAGAAUCUUUCGCGAAAAUUUUACGGAACAUCCAGAAUUUCGGGAAUAUUCUGCCUGCGUUCGGCCCGGGUUCUCACAGGUGUCACGGACGAUAUUUUCGUCGUCGUUUUAUUCAGCAACGUAACCGCCGAACACAGCUUCGCUUUUAAGACGGAAUCGCGGUACGAUUUGUAGAUCCGUUUGCGACCAGUAGUGGCUUUCUGGAAUUUAAGACAGGCUGCGAAGAGGAUACACAUGGUGCCGCGAUCCGGUUGACAAAGAAAUUGUUAUUACUACCGGCUACGAGUCUGGCAAUCGAUACUUUGAGAUUUUCAUCGGAGAAAAUACGUAGGAGAACAUGGUGACAAUUGUAUAAUGGUUUUAUAUAGGUAUUUAAGAUUAAAAACUAAAAUUUUAUCCAAAUAAUUACCGAAGAUUUAUCUAUAUAAAAUACCUCAUCCAAUU